AUGCAGACACAUAUAACCUUGUCAGCCCACUGCCUGCAGGUCUGACCAGCACAGUCCUCUGCUGACAGCACAGGGAGGGAGCUGCAGGCCAAGGCCCGAGCUGCCCAGAUACAGGAGACCAGAGGAGACAGGGAGAUCAGAGGCAAGAGAAGGGGAGGCCCUGGGAACAAAGGAAACGACCGCCAAGGCCCCAGGACCUGGACACAAUGGAGUUGGGCAGGCGCAGCUUGGCCAAGACGCUGGUGUGCCGGCUCUGGAUGACUGUCAGCAAAGCUCUGUUUGCCGAGUUCCUGGCCACGGGGCUGUACGUGUUCUUCGGCGUGGGCUCAGCUCUCAGAUGGCCCCUGGCCCUUCCCUCUGUGCUGCAAAUUGCCAUCACCUUCAACCUGGCCACGGCCAUGAUCGUCCAGGUCACCUGGAAGGCCAGUGGGGCCCACGUCAACCCUGCUGUGACGCUGGCCUACCUCGUGGGCUCCCAGAUCUCCCUGCCCCGCGCUGUGGCCUAUGUGGCUGCCCAGCUGGCGGGGGCCACAGUGGGGGCUGCUCUUCUUUACGGGGUCAUACCUGAGGACAUCCGAGAGACCCUCGGGGUCAACGUGGCGGUGGCAGUGGAGCUGGUCCUGACCCUGCAGCUCGUGCUCUGUGUGUUCGCCUCCACCGACAGCCGUCAGGCGACAGGCUCCCCAGCGGCCACCAUUGGGGCCUCUGUGGCAGUGGGCCACCUCAUUGGGAUCUACUUCACCGGCUGCUCCAUGAACCCAGCCCGCUCCUUUGGUCCUGCCAUCAUCGUUGGGAAGUUCGAGGUCCACUGGAUCUUCUGGGUGGGACCCCUGACGGGGGCUGUCCUGGCUUCGCUGAUCUACAACUUUAUCCUGUUCCCUGACACCAAGACCCUGGCCCAGCGACUGGCCAUCCUCACUGGCACUGCGGAGGUGGAGAAAGUGGAAGGGGAGGAGCCCCAGAAGGAAGGAUCCCAGGCCAGUUCAGGGGACAUGGAAAUGGAGAGUGUGUGUCAGGUGGCCUAGAACUUGGCCCCUGCCCUCGAGCUUCUGAAAUGUGCCCUGAAAGUGGGCAGCAUGCUUGUGUAACCAGACUUCAGGUUUUCCUGGGGGGCGGGGGACUUGCAAGGUGGGGUAGGGAGGCUUGGCCCCUUGUCCUAGCAGGGUGGGCAGGGGGAAUCCCUGGCAUUCCAUUUCUAGACGGGAUCUGGGAAUCCAAUCUGCUCUGUUCCCUCCUCCUCCAUAUAUAUUUUUUCUUUUUGGCCGCAGCCACAGCAUGUGGAAGUUCCCAGGCCAGGGAUCAAACUCACCCCACAGCAGUGACCCGAGCUGCCUCAGUGACAAUGCCAGAUCCUUAACCCACCGAGCCACAAGGGAACUCCUCCUACAUCUCUUUUAAUGAGUCAGAACAGAGGGAGGCAGGGGAAUCGUGAUUGCCCUCCCUUAUCUCAUCUGUCUGGGCCCCAUGGCAGGGGGGUGGUCCUGGGCCCCCAGACCCCCUUGUCUUGAAGAAAAGGGAAUUUGAGCCUGGACAGCCACUCUGCUUAGAGAUUGAGGGCUAUGGGGAUGUCAGGGAACCCCAGCCUCUCACCCCACCCUUGGGGAGAAGGGGCCAGUCUUCUCAGGAAAAAUCAGGCCCUGGAACAGCUUCAGAGCUCCUUGGAGGGGUGCUUCUGCUCUUGGAUGUGGUUUGGGGGAUUCCUGAGGCCAGAGAUUACCCUCCCAAUAGGUGUUCACUCCUUACUCCUCCAAAUCCUCAGCAGAGAGCCCCUCCCUCAGGAAGAACUGCCACAGAAGGACCCUCUUCAGGGUGGGUGGAGGGGCAGGAUAUACAGGCAAAGGAGGUCCAGGCCAGACAGGCCUUUCCCCGGGGGCGGGCUCCCCCAGGUGUUCGCCUGCUUCCCAUGCCACACCCCCAUGCACAGGAGCGAUCUUGAAAGGGGGCAGGUUCCAUCCCAGCCCUCCCUCUGUGACCUGGGCCUAAAGACGCCACCCCUAGCCUCAUUCUCAGCCCUGCUAGGAUCCCAAAGAGUGUUGCGUAAGUCCCAAGUUCAUUCCUAGGAACUCAGGAAUGACCCAGGAAAUCAAGAUUUCACUUCGGUGCCUCUGGAGGAUGUGGGAGUCUCACUUGGUUUGUUAACAUUUACCAGCUGCUGUAAAUCUCCUCUGCCUGUGACUUGGGGUCCUGUCUGGAUCUCAGUUUUCCCCGGCUGUAAAAUGGGCACAGCCUUCCCCUGGAGAUUGAUGUUACAACAGGCGAUUGGAAAAUGUUUGGGGAAGUUAAAAUGCUGGAAAAAGGCACCCAAUAAAUGAUGAUGAUUCUUGCUGUUACUGUAA